CUGGGUUAUGCGUGCUGUGGAUCUGUGGCUCCUUGGAACUCCUCGCAGUCGGCGUGAUUUAGUCCUUCACCCGCAGCCAUGAAUUUUAGAAUUUUUUCGGUCUUCCUCUCCUUUCUACUGCUUGUGGCUAUAGAGGCAAGAGAAAAACGUCAGUCUGCUGAGAGGAAUGAGAUUGAAGCACAGGCUGUCCUGUUAAAGGCUGCUUGUCAUAAUAAGCCACUCGACCUCGUCUUCAUAAUCGAUAGCUCACGCAGCGUACGACCGCACGACUUUCAAAAAGUAAAAGAAUUCCUUAUCACCAUUUUGAAGUUCCUUGACAUCAGCCCAGAAGCCACCAGGGUUGGCCUUCUUCAGUACGGCAGCACGGUGAAAAAUGAAUUCUCCUUAAAGACUUUCAAAAGGAAAUCUGACAUUGAGAGGGCAGUCAAAAGAAUGAUGCACCUCGCCACGGGCACAAUGACUGGAUUGGCUCUUCAGUAUGCAAUGAACAUUGCCUUUUCGGAAGCGGAAGGUGCCCGUCCUUCUGACCAGUAUGUCCCAAGAAUCGCCAUGAUUGUGACUGAUGGAAGGCCACAGGAUCCAGUUGCUGAAAUUGCAGCCAAAGCCAGGAACUCUGGAAUAUUAAUUUUUGCCAUCGGGGUGGGUCGGGUGGAUAUGACCACCUUGAUCUCUAUCGGAAGUGAACCUCACGAUGAACAUGUCUUCUUGGUGGCAAAUUUUAGCCAGAUUGAGACGUUGACUUCAGUGUUUCAGAACAAACUAUGCGCUCCCCAUCUCUGUGCCACCACCAGUCACGGCUGCGAUCACUUCUGCAUCAAUACUCCCGGCUCCUAUUUAUGUCGCUGUAAACAAGGAUACAUCCUGAACCCAGAUGAAAAGACCUGCAAAACUCAGGACCUUUGCGCCACGGAAAAACACGGAUGCGAACAAAUUUGUGUCAAUACCCCGGGAUCAUUUUUGUGCCAAUGUUACGAAGCAUAUGAACUAAACCGUGACGGGAAGACCUGUAAAAUUGUUGAUUAUUGCGCUUUGGGCACUCACGGUUGUCAGCAUGAUUGCCUUAGUGUUAACGACUCUUACAUCUGUCAGUGCCGCCCUGGAUUUAUCCUCGGUCCAGAUCAGAAAACCUGUCGAAGGCCUGAUUAUUGCGCACUGUCCAGGCAUGGCUGCCAACAUGAGUGCGUUAAUACAGAUGAUUCUUACUACUGCAAAUGUCGCAAUGGAUUUUCUCUCAAUGCGGACAAAAAAACAUGCAAAAAGAUUGACCACUGUGCAUCGGGCAGUCAUGGAUGUGAACACGAAUGCAUGAACACCGACAGCUCGUUUGUGUGCAAGUGUCGUGAGGGCUACGUUCUGAACCGCAACAGGAAAACCUGCAGAAAGGUUGACCAUUGUGCUGAAAACAAUCAUGGAUGUGAUCACAUUUGUGUUAAUACUGAUGAUUCAUACGUCUGCCAAUGCUAUGAAGGCUUUUUAAUAAAUGAGGACCUGAAGACGUGCAGUGCUGUGGAUCAUUGCGUCCUGAAUGAACAUGGCUGUGAGCACUUAUGUGUGAAUGCUGAGGGUUCAUUCACUUGCCAGUGUUUUGAAGGAUAUGUUCUGCGUGAUGAUAAGAAGACAUGUCGAAGUAAAGAUCUCUGUAAAUCAGUCGACCACGGCUGUGAGCAUACCUGUGUGAAUAACGAGGAGUCCUAUAUCUGCAAAUGCUUUGAAGGAUACCAUUUAGGAGAAGACGGCAAAAGCUGUAAAAGAUGCGGUGAAGGCCCAGUGGACUUGGUAUUUAUUAUUGAUGGAUCAAAGAGCCUUGGAGAAGAUAAUUUUGAACUUGUGAAGCAGUUUGUGAUUGGGAUUCUAGAUUCACUGGAAAUUUCUCAGAAAGCCGCCCGAGUUGGAUUGAUACAGUAUUCCACACAUGUGCGCACAGAAUUUACGAUGGCACAGUACAGCACAGCUAAAGACAUGAAGAAAGCCGUUUCUCAGAUAAAGUACAUGGGCAGGGGGUCCAUGACCGGACUCGCCUUAAAGCUUAUGUAUGAAAAAAGCUUUUCCGAAGCUCAGGGCUCAAGACCACGUUCCAUGGGUGUGCCACGAGUGGCAAUUGUGUUUACUGAUGGCCGAGCGCAAGAUGAGGUUUCGGACUGGGCAAGCAGAGCAAGAGACGGGGGCGUCACUAUUUAUGCUGUUGGAGUUGGAAAAGCGAUUGAUGAAGAGCUGCAAGAAAUCGCUUCUGCUCCACAAGAAAAGCAUGUUAUACACGCCGAUGACUUCAGCUCCAUGGGAUACAUCACUGAAAAAUUAAAAAGCAGCAUCUGUGAAGGAUGGAACAACUGGAAAAGGACCACUGAUAUGUCCAACCUUGACACGUCCUCUGAAUUCAAGGCGGAACGUGAAAUCACUGUCUCUUGCUCGAUGUCCGCAAUAAAGUUCACAACCCAAGCAGAAGACAAAUCUGCAGAAGAGCAAUGCAAGUGUAAAAAUAUAAUGGAGUUCCAGAGCAGCGCAAGUGAGGAAGUCAAGAGGCUAACACAUCAAUUGGAAGAGAUAACAAGACGAAUGGAACUUCUUGAGAACCGUGUCGGACAAAGAUAAAGGCAACAAAAUGUACAUUUAAAAAAAGUCUCAAGAUGACGUCAGCUUUAUAGGAUAGUUGUUUGGAUAAGACCAUGGAUUUUCUAUUUAUUUUAUUUGGGAAGCAUAUGUUUCAGUUUGAAACAGAGAAAAAAAUAUAUAUUUUGUGUCUGUAAAAUGUUUUGUUAUAAAAAGUGUAA